AUCUGAUGAGUCAAAAUUCUGCCAUUUGAUUUCGAUUAAUACUAAGUUUAGCAGAAGUUGAGGAUGAAAGUAGGAGUGAGAGUGGAGGAGAGAGAGAGAGAGAAAAAGGUGAUGAAGCAGAUUGUAAUAGUGAAGAUUCCUCGAUGGGUCAAAAUCGUGUUUUUCCUGUGCACGAUGACGGCGUCGGCGUCUUUUCUGGUGUUCAAAACCCCGAUUCUCCUCGCCGUCGCCGACGCCUUUCUCUCCGCCGCGCUCUCGCCGGCGUCCCUCAGCCUCCGUACGAUCGCCGCCGAGCUCCGCCGCUACCAGUUCUGCUGCUCCCUCGUUGAUAUCCCCAUCGUCUCCUUCGCCCGCUCCGCCAUUAUCUUAGGUGUGUACAGUUUGGGGGGCGAGGGGCGUCGGAUGUGGAGGGGGCCGUUGUACUUGGGGGUGGCGACGGCGUGCUCGGCGGCGUCGCUGGUGGUGGUGGCGGCGAAGGCGGCGUACAUGUUUGGCGGUGGCGGAUAUGCGAGAGCCAAGGCGGCGCUGCUAGUUUCGUCGGCGGGAUUGGCGGUGGGACACGUGGCGGUGGCGUACAGGGCCAGCUGUCGGGAACGCCGGAAGCUUCUUGUGCACAAGAUUGAUAUAGAAGCUGUGUCGGCAUACCACAGAAUACUGCAAGAACAAAGGUCCAAAUUAGUCACGUAAGGAUGGCUUGGUGGUGUAAGGGUUGGAUUUGUAAUCAUGAGGUUAUGGAUUCAAACCUACGACGCCUCAGGUCCACCUGCCACACAUGGUUCGCCUGAUUCCCAUGUCAUCCAAAUUAAGUAAUUAACAAAAAGAACAUGUAUAUUCGUACAAACAUAUAUAAAAUAUGUAAAGAUUAACAAAGGAUCAUGUACAUGCCUACAUACAUAUAUAUGGAUUGUGUUUGUAUUU